CUGUAUAUGUAGAUUUCAAAUCACUUUCAUGUGAGGUUUCAUCUCAGCUGCAUUUAGAGACGGUGGGCAUCAUGGUUUCACACUGGUGUUUGAUCUAUAUUAGGACAUGAACAUGAUAAACCAGAAACAUUUCAUGUCUGACGCUAAUAGCACACAGGAAGUGUAAGGAAAGGAGGGGCAUCACCACACACCAGAAUAACGCUGUCAAUCAUUCACACACAACUCGACCUCAUUCUGCUGCGCUCAACAAAGCCAGGUUGUGUGUCAGUAAUGAUGUAACUUCUUGAAUAAUGGAUAGGAUUAACAGGCUGGACAGUGACAGACUCACACAAGCAGACAGAAAUCCUGACGAACAAGCAUCUAAAAAUCUUAUCAAGAAAAGAAAUAUUGUACACGGCCCUCCUCGUCCCCCACGGACUGUCCAGCCAGUAAGUAAAGCCCCAGCUAUCAACAGAGACAUCAAACCUGGCAGAAGAUUACCCAAGAGCUCAUCAGAUGGAAGGUUACCGUGUCUGGGAUCAGCCGACAAGGAUUCUACGGUCACACAAAGGCCGGUUAGAUCUUUACCUAGAGACCUGAUGAGUUUACCACCUCUACCAACACAGACCAUCACUGACUAUCUAGAACAGAUUGAUGCAUCUCCUCCAUCCAGACCAGUACCACUUUCACCAAAUACCAGAGGCCAAAACAGCCGAUGGACAGAAUCAAGUCUAAGUGAAGUGAAAAAUGUUAAAAACAGACAGCGGACAUCUGAAGGUGAAGUAUCUCAGAGGUUUUCUCUGGAUCUGGAGUCUCAGGAUCUCAGCAGUGAUUGUGUGACAGAGAACGACUCUGAUUUAAGGAGACUGCAGAACCACGAGUGGCCACAGACGAAAGAAGAUUCAAGCCACAGUGGUUUCAGCAGCCACACCAAACCUGUCCAGGGUUUGGAGGAGCAGAACUGGUAUGUUGGUGCGUUCAGCCGUGUGGAUUCUGAACACGCUCUUCACCUGGUCAACCAGGAAGGCGCUUUCCUGGUACGCGACUGCUCAAGGAACACUACCCAUGAACCAUUUGUCCUUGCUGUGUUUUACGACAAAAAGGUUUUCAACAUUCAAAUCCGAUUUAGUGAGGAAACCAGCAAAUACACUCUAGGAACGGGACUCAGAACCAGUGAGAGGUUUGAUUCUGUGACUGACAUCAUCAAAUUCCAUUCUAUUUUUCCCAUCGUUCUCAUUGAUGGACGGAAAACUUUGGCAGCAACUAAUCAAAGGAGACAAUGUGUCCUCAUGUACCCAAUCACAAAGAAGGACAUGACAGAGCUGCUACGUUAAACGUCACUGAAACGUCUCAUUCAAGAGAGCCGAGCAAAUGUAAAUAAAUUAAAAGUAACUUUUUAAUAAUGUUUCACAGACAUCUGGUAUAAAUGUAAAGAAAUAAAUCAAUGAAUAAAGUUAAACUCAAAAUGA